AUGCGGCCGAAACGCGUAACGCGUAAAGCGGGCGAGACGCGACCGGGAGCGCGGUCGUGGAUGGAGCGCAUGGCGAAGGCGGCGGAGGAGAUGGCGCGCGGCGCGGAGCGCGCGUCGAAGGAAAUGGCGAAGGUGGCCGCGGCGACGCUGGAGAACCACAGCAAGGCCAUCGAAGCGGCGUCGCCGCUGCUGUCGCAGAUCGUGGGGGGAAACGAGAAGGCGAGCAACUUCAUCGCGAAUCUCAUCGUUCCGCACGCCCCUGGAGCCUCCGCCAGCGGAUCUUCCGCCACCUCCCCGCGCUCAGCAGCUCCGCAGCAGUUGGCGGAAGACCACCUGCGCGAGGUGUCCGAUGACGUGGUAGCCCACGUCAGCAUCAAGCCUGCCAACGUGGCGCCGAUGACGUCAUCGUUCACAUCCCCGUCAUUGGGCGACGAUGAUUCCGCUGCUGCUGCUGCGGCUAACGCGGAUCCUACCUCGGUCCCACUGGAAAUGCGCAAGGCGGGCGCGCACGUGCUGGAGGGGCGGGAGGAGCGCGGCGCAAUGCGCGCGGAGCUGCAGGCGCUGGAGGCGCGCAUGGACGCGGCUUCCGCGGCGGUGGAGGCGGCAAAGAGCCGCCGGGGGGAGCUGCUCCAGGCGCACCCGGAGCUGCGGCAACGUGUGACCGACGUGGUUGAGGGGAAAGUCACUCCACGUGCCGUCACCGUCACCCCCACGGCUGUAGCGCCGUCCUCUCCGUCUUACGCGCCGUCUAAUGCGCCGGGCAACUCGGACGCGGAGGGAGAGGCGCAGGAGGAGUGGGAGGAGGCGGAGGAGGAGCAAGCGCAGGCGCAGGGGGGCGCGCACGGGGCCGCGCAGCAGGGGAUGGUGGCGGGGUCGGUGCAGGCGCUGCGGGCGGGGCGGCAUAGGCAGCGGGAGCGGCUGCAGCGACCGGGCGUUGAGAGGAGGCGACAGCACGCCGCUCAGGUGCGUCUGUCGGUGCUGCGCUCGCUGGCAGAGCGACACGGUGUGCUGGCGCAGAGCACAGUCGCGCAGGCGACAACUGGACAGGCAGUAACUGCACAGGAGAGCGAGCCAGUGCAGGUCGCAAGGGAGGAGCCGCAGCAGCAGCAGCAGCCUCAUCAGCCUGUGGUUGACACGGCAGCACUGUCGCCUGUGGAGCUGGAACUGGUCAAGGCGGAGGAGUCAUGGGACAAGUAUUUGGAGGCGGUUGCGUGGACCAAGGCGCGUCUGCACUCGCUGCGCUCGUCCGCGCCCUCCCCCUCCGCGGCGGCGCUGCUCAGCAUGGAGGCGCAGCUCGUGUCUUCCCUCGCGUUCGCGCAGCAGCGCGCGGACGAGGAGGCUGCGCGCGUGGCGCAGCUGUGCGCGCGCGUGGGCGCGGACGCGGGGGAGAGGAGGCGCAGCAGGGAGGAGGGGCUGCGGAGGGCCGCGGAGGCUGGGGCGACGAUGGGGAAAGGCGCGGAGGGGGGGCCGGGAAACGGGGAGAGGGGGGAGCGGGAGGGAGAUGAGGGGAAGAGGGUGGUGAGUGGCGGCAGCAGUGGGGGGUCGUUGGCAGGGAUUGGCGACAUGAUGAGUAAGCUCGCCAACAUCCAGCCGAUGCUCGAGUCAAUGGCUGCUUCCCCUCUCCAUCUGCCCCUUCCAUGUGCCCCUUCCAUCUGCCCCUUCCAUUGCCCCUCCAUUUCUCAAACCGUGUCUUCACCACCCACUCCCCCACGCCCUCCUCCCUCCCCCACCCUCAGCUCGCCAACAUCCAGCACACGCUCGACAUCGCCAGCUCAGCAGCAGCACGGAGUGGACGGAUUGGUCCGGGAGCUCGUCCUACAUGGCGCCAGUGAGGACUGGGCCCGAGGCUACAUCGCCGAAGCUCUGCUCCGGCCGAACGUGGCUGCACCCAAGCCUCUGGCUGUUGCCAUUGCAUCCGGGCCUCCCUCUCCCCGUGCUUCUGCUUCACACCACGAGUGUUCACAGCACGAGCUGCAGCAGUACGCACAGGCCAUCCGCAGUGCCUAUGUGGAUGCAUCCAUGAGUGCCUCUGAGCGCGAGGUCGGCACCAGCCUCUUUGUCGAGGAGCUGGUGGCGAUGGGCGGCAAGGAGGUGGAGCAGUGGGCGAGGUCCUUUGUGGCUCAAUCGCUGGCCACAGAAGUGCGCAAGCGCAAGGUCGUGCGCGCUUAG